AUGCGGGUAUGUAUCGUGGGAGGCGGAGGUUAUUUGGGAUGUCAACUUGCAAGCCGUUUACAGUCUGAAGGCGCUCAUACUGUACUACUGGACGUCGUCUUUCCAGUACAUCCUAAUAUCACCCUCGACGAGAAAUUGACCACUAGAAUACAGGGAUCACUGCUGAACGAGGAGAUCGUCCGAAAGGCGCUUACCGCCUGUGAGUCAUGCUUCCAUCUAGCAGCCUAUGGCAUGUCUGGUCUGCAGGCCUUCAAUCGCAAGGUGAUCCAUGAAAUCAAUGUUGAUGGCACCUCAUUGCUUUUGGACUACUGUAAACGCCUGAGCGUGUCUCGGUUUAUUUUCGCCUCAUCGGUUGGUGUAGUUUUCACGAGCAAGGAAUUGCGCAACGCUGCAGAGGACCAUCCGUAUCCGGAUGAGUCUGAGUACGUGUCAGAUUACUGUGUGUCAAAAGCCCGAGCUGAGAGAGCAGUCUUAGCUGCGGAUUGUGCAGAGCUUCACACGUGCGCACUUCGGCUGAGAGGUGUCUAUGGACCUGGCGAACCUCGAACAACGGAUCGAGCUGCGGAGAUCAUCUACCGCGGAUUGUACCUUGCGACAUUCCCUCAAAACUCAUCUGCAAUGACUCAGUACAGUGGAGUUCACAACGUCACGCACGCGAUGUGUCAAGCUGAUAAGGAACUUGCUAAACCUCAGCCACGUUGUGCUGGAAAGCCUUACUAUGUGGUCGAUGCCAAUCCAGUGGACUCAUUCCUGUUCUGGCUCCCUCUAAUAAAGGCCUUCUCGAGGCCUGCGCCUUCGAUCAGGAUUCCUUUUUGUUUGAUUUAUCUCGUUGCCCUCUUAUGCGAGUGGUUGGCCGUCUGGCUUCACAUCCCACCAGUAAUGAACAGAUUGGAGGUGAAUUUACUAGGGAUAACGAACACAUAUUCAAUUGAAGGUGCGAUUAAGGAUUUCGACUACAAGCCCACAAAAAAUCACGAUUUGACCGAGGUAGUGGAAUACUAUCAGAAGUUCUAUGGGGAUCGCCCGCUUGCUUCACACUGCAUCGAUGCACGUCGAACAGUUGUAAUUAUUGGCAUCACCGUUAUUGUAUUGUUUAUAUCCGCGCAAUACGUUUUUUCCUGA